GAUCUCCCGGGACGUGAUGGUCGAGCGCUUGUUGUAAUGCGCCAGCCGCGAGGCCUCGCCGGCGAUGCGCUCGAAAAUGUCGUUGACAAAGGAGUUCAUGAUGCCCAUGGCUUUGGACGAGAUGCCGGUGUCCGGGUGGACCUGCUUCAGCACCUUGUACACGUACACGGAGUAGCUCUCCUUGCGGCUGCGCUUUCGCUUCUUACCGUCUUUUUCUGGGCCUUGGUAACCGCCUUCUUGGAGCCCUUCUUCGGAGCGGGAGCGGACUUCGCUGGCUCAGGCAUUUUGAACCUGAAAAAAAACCAAGAUCAAAAUGAAAGCAGGAAGCGGAUUUCUGGUACUUAUAGGGCCUUUAUGCUAAUGAGGGAUGCAGAGCGUGUCUUAGUUAAUUGGAAGAAAAACAGCAAGGCUGUCAUCUAUGGGCAGAACUAUGCAAAUGAGGGAUGGAAAUAAAGCUUUUCUAUUGGCUACUUGACUGUGUCUGGUUAAUAGCCAAUCAGGCAACAGAAUUUACUCCCCAGGAAAUGCCUAUAAAAGCGGCUGUGUCUUACCUAGUUGUAGACUUGGUCUUCCAUAACGACUGGUCUUGUCUUGUUUAUUUUCUUUUUAUUUUUUUCCUAUGUCGGGACGUGGCAAACAAGGAGGAAAGGCUCGGGCCAAGGCCAAGUCUCGUUCCUCGCGCGCCGGACUCCAGUUCCCGGUGGGCCGAGUGCACCGCCUGCUUCGCAAAGGCAACUACGCCGAGCGGGUGGGCGCUGGCGCUCCGGUAUAUCUGGCGGCGGUGUUGGAGUAUCUGACAGCUGAGAUCCUGGAGUUGGCUGGCAACGCGGCUCGCGACAACAAGAAGACCCGCAUUAUCCCGCGCCACCUGCAGCUGGCCAUCCGCAACGACGAAGAGCUCAAUAAGCUACUGGGCCGCGUGACCAUCGCUCAGGGCGGCGUCCUGCCCAACAUCCAGGCCGUGCUGCUGCCCAAGAAGACCGAGAGCCACCACAAGGCCAAGGGCAAGUGAUUAAUUAGACCAGUACCAGGGUUUCCGGAAGUGCUUUCAAACCCAAAGGCUCUUUUCAGAGCCCCCCACUAUUUCAAAAAAAAGAGCUAGUGACAUUAUAGAUGAAAGGGGAAAGAAAAAGGCGAGGCAAAGGUUUCAAAACCUGCUGACUCCAAAGAGAUGUGUGGAUCCAGAGCAUCCCAUCAAAUUCAUCAAUUCUCAGAAAUAAAUGCAUUGGCACCGGUGUUCUGACGUCAUUGACUGAUCCUGCACCUGCAAAAUUUUCCCUAUUAAAAACUUUCUCUGGGUUUC